AUGACGCCCUUUCAGCCUUAUAGUGGAUCGAAACGAAAGCUCGUCCUCGGCAUCGACAUUGGAACCACAUUUUCCGGCGUUGCGUACGCCCUCCUCGAUCCGGGACAGAUCCCCCAAAUCCACAGCGUCGCUCGCUUUCCCGGUCAAGAGAACGCGGCAGGGGAUCUGAAGAUUCCAUCAAUGCUGUACUACAAUCCAGACGGGACAGUGGCCCGUGCCGGUGCUGAAGCCAUGUUGCCGGGAAUGGACCUCGAGGCCGAGGACAAGGGACUUUUCCUUGUGACCUGGUUCAAACUCCAUCUGCGGCCUCAGCGCCUUGAAUUGAGGGAGCUUAAGAAGUCGGACCUCCCGCCUCUGCCUCCAGGAAAGACCGUGGUGGCUGUCUUCGCCGACUUCCUGGCAUACAUAUUCUUUUGCGCGCGCAAGUACAUCAGCGAGACGCAUGCUAACGGAGAAAUUAUGUGGGCCUCUCUCGAAAACGAUAUCGAGAUCGUUCUGUCCCACCCAAAUGGGUGGGAAGGGGCACAACAGAGCAAGAUGCGCCAGGCCGCCUACAUGGCGAGCCUGAUCCCGAACACGCCAGAAGGUCAUUCCCGCGUACACUUCAUCACCGAGGGCGAAGCGAGCUUGAACUUCUGCGUGAAAAAUGGGUUGACGGACGAGAUUAUGCGAGACGGCGAAAGUGUUGCAAUUAUCGACGCAGGCGGUGGAACAAUCGACAUCAGCAGCUACAGCUUUGUUUCUGUGUCACCCUUCGUCGUUGAGGAGGCAACCACUGCAGACUGUAUCUUGCAAGGGUCUACUCGUGUGAACUUGCGAGCCGAAAGCCAUAUCAGAGGGCUGCUGAAGAACUCUAAGUUCGAUACCAACGAGGACAUAAAAUUUAUUCUAGACUACUUCGACAAAAAUACGAAACCGGUUUUCAAGGGCGAAGGGGAGCCAUACUACAUCAAAUUUGGCUCAAUGGACUGCAACGACGCCAAGUUGAAGAUCCGGCGUGGCCAGUUGAUGCUUACCGGCAAUGAGAUGCUGCUAUUCUUUCAGCCAUCAAUCAAUGCAAUCCUUAAGGCCGUCAAAAAGCAGCAUCGGGGAGCGGCGAAGAAGUUCAAGACCGUUUUAUUAGUGGGGGGCUUCGCGGCCAGUCCGUGCUUGUACUCGGCAUUGAAGUCCGGACUAGAGCGCCUUGGGCUCUCGCUGUGCCGUCCUGACUCUCACACCAACAAAGCAGUCUCCCACGGCGCGGUUUCCUUCUUCCUGCAGUCCCUGGUCGCAGCGCGGGUCAUGAAGGCGACGGUCGGGACCCGGGUAAGUGUCUCUUUCGUCCCCGAAGAUGCCGAGCACGCCGCGCGCAUCGCGAACACCUGGAGGCAUCCGUCGGGGUGCAUCAUGGUCCGGAAGGGGUUUUCCCCUCCCCGUUAUACACAGGGACAGAGCAUGCGCGAGGCGGAAGAGGUGUUCCAGUCGUACCAGCAGUCGUCGUUCGACGCGAGCACCCUGGACAGCAUCACGUGCAAAGUGCUGUGCUAUCAGGGGAUGAAGGCGAAGCCACGCUGGACGGACACCGAGCCCAAGCUCUUCGUACACCUCUGCUCUGUCCACGCGGACACGUCGAAAGUCACACAACGUCCGAUGCAAGGCCCCAAGGGCACGUACUACGAGCAAGAGUACGAUGUUAUCCUCCUCUGCGGGCUCACCGAGCUGCAGGCGCAGAUCAGGUGGAUGGAGAACGUGAGUAUUUACUCUCUGUUGAACUCUGCGUCUGCCCUCACACGUAUCAUCGGGCUCUCGCCAUGCUUGCAGGGCGUGGAAAGGCGGUGGGUGACUCGUGUGCGUCCAUGCUUCGCUGACUAA